CCAGUCCGACCCGGCCUAUUUAUACGCACGCACAGGCAGUCACACGGAGCAGAGCAGCAACAGUAGCGGCAGCGGCAGCAAACAAAGCCAAGCCAAGGCGCCAACCAAUAAUAAGCAGAGAGGCCGCCAUGUCGGGAUCCGGCGCCGGCGUGUGGGUGUUUCGGAACGGGGUGAUGCAGCUGGAGCAGCCGGCGGCGGCGAGCCGGAAGGCGCUGGUGUACGUGCCGACGAACGAGGUGGUGCGGUCGGUGGAGGCGCUGGAGCGGCGGCUGGGGACGCUCGGCUGGGAGCGCUACUACGAGAACCGCAGCAUCGUGCAGCUCCACAAGCGCGACGGCGGCGCAGACCUCAUCACCAUCCCGCGCGACUUCGCCAGCCUCCGCUCCACCCACAUGUACGACGUCGUCGUCAAGAACCGCGACCACUUCAAGGUCGUCGACGCCUAGCCUACCUACUAUAGCUUGGGGGUACGGUGGCGGCAUGCGUGUGCAGAUGCAGAUGCGCUGCCCGGGAUAUAUAUAUAUAUAUAUAUAUAUAUAUAUAUA